AUGAAGUCCUGGGAUUCCUCAAAGAACAAGACUUACCAAAUCCUCAAAGCCGCAGAGGAAGGCCAGUACGGCAUCGUCGCCCCAAUAGCGUACAACAUCGAACACAUUCUCGCUUUCAUCCGCGCAGCAGAAGCCAAGAGGAGCCCGCUGAUAAUACAAGUCUUCCCCUGGGCCAUCACAUUCUCGGAUGGGCUCCUCGUACAUGCCGCAGCGCACGCGGCCCGCGCCGCCUCGGUCCCCGUCGCCAUCCAUCUGGACCACGCGCAAGAUGCGGCCAUGAUUCGGCGCGCAGCGGAUACGCUGCCCUUUGACAGCAUCAUGGUGGACAUGAGCCACUACGAGAUGGAGGAGAAUCUGACCGAGACGAAGGAGCUGGUGGCCUAUUGCCAUGAGCGGGGCAUCGCGACGGAGGCGGAGCCGGGACGGAUUGAAGGAGGGGAGGAUGGUAUUGCGGACACGGCAGAUCUCGAAGGAGCAUUGACGACGGAGGAGCAGGUGGAAGAUUUCAUUGCAACUGGGAUCGAUUUUCUGGCGCCGGCUUUUGGAAACGUCCAUGGCGAGUAUGGUACUAGGGGUCCUGUGUUGGGGUUUGACCGCCUGCAAAAGAUCCGCGAAAAGGUUGCUGGAAGAGUCCGUUUGGUCCUCCAUGGGACCAACGACUUCCCUGAAGAUUUGAUGCGACAGUGUAUUGCCGGUGGUGUUUCCAAAGUCAACGUGAACAAGCUGGUCCUCGAUGAUUAUCUAGUCCAUCUGAAGGAAAACGCCUCGAGCUUGAGCUUAACGACGUUGAUGGAACAGGGUGUUAAGGAGGCGCAGAAGCUGAUGGAAUGGCAGAUGGAUGUCUGCAAAUCCGCUGGCAAAGCGUAA